UAAGGUCACUCGUACGUACUUUAAAAUCCCCGAGAACUGUGAAGAUGGCGCCACACGCUGACAGUGACUGGAGACGAUCGCAGGGUCCUUGUACUCAGUCAAUUCUUACUUAUAACGAGAUGAAGGGCAUCGAGAGCGUGCGGCCCGAGGAUGUGGACGCCUACAAGGCCAAUUACCAGUGCUUCACGCCGGGGCUACAGACGACCGACAUCAUGGACGCCUACACCGCCUGGGCGCAGACGUACGACACGACUCUGUGCUCCGGGAGAUACAACGGACCGGAAAUGGCGGCCGAGGAGAUAGCAGCGCGAGUCGACGAGGAUCAUCGGCACAGCAUCCGCGUGCUCGACGUGGCAGCGGGAACGGGCAAGGUCGGGAAGGAGCUCGCCAAGAGGGGAUUCACGAUGAUCGACGCCCUGGAGCCCUCGGAAGGCAUGAUGCACAUCUUAGAAGACACGGGCGUCUACUCCUACAAAUACAUGGAGUUUCUUGGCCUCGGCGAGAACUCCGUGCCUGAUGACACGUAUGACGUCGUGGUGAUCGUGGGCGGUAUGGGCGAAGGUCACAUCCCCGUCAAUGGUGUUGACGACCUUAUCCGCAUCACGAAACCAGGCGGACUUGUCAUUAACGUCAUGAGGCUGGAAUACCUCGACUACGUGGAGGCUUACAAGGACAAACUAGAACCUUACAUGGACCUCCUGCAUCAGAAGGGAUGGUGGCAGAAGGUGGACAGAAAAGUUGUGCCAAAUUACGCCUUUGAUAAAGAGGGGAUCAUUUUUGUUCACAGAGUUUUGUAAAAAAUCACAAAACAUUUCGCAUGCCUUUACUUCUUCGUCUUCCUCUUUCCUCUUCUUCUUCUUCUUCUUCUUCUUCUUCUUCUUCUUCUUCUUCUUCUUCUUCUUCUUCUUCUUCUUCUUCUUCUUCUUCUUCUACAUUACGACGAACAGUACUAUACUAAUGAUUUUCAUAUGAUAUAUUUCAUGUUUUUUUAUAAGACGGCGAAUGGCAUUGUACUGAUGAAUUAUUUUUAUACGACAGUUUAACUUGACUAAAGAAAUAUAUUUAUGUGUCGACUGCAUAUUCUCUUAUAUGUUAAAAUAUACGUUAUAUGUUAUCAUCUCGCUUUGUCUGAGGCGAUGGCAUAGACUUUUUUUAUAUCAAUGUUUUGUGUACUCAAUUUAGUAUCUUAAUGACAGCAUAUGUAUUCACAUGAUGCAAUGAAUAAUCUAUGAGUCAGUUGCAUACGUACCCCCCCCCC